AUGCUGCGGCUGCUGGAGAAGGUCCCGCUGGGACCUGCCCUGGGGUUUCUUCAUAAAGUAGUUGAUGGCAUAUGUGGCCGUGCAUAUCCUCGAUACCAGGAUUAUGGCAGUAUUUGGAGUUUGUCAGAAUGGAUGGAGGUUUUAGAAGAAACAAUGACGUAUUUCAAAACUGCAGUUGGCAAAAACAUGACUGAUGAAGAGGCUGCUCAGCAGAUAAAUGAGUUAAAUUCAAACUAUCAAGAAGCAAUCACAAAAUGUCUAAAAGGCAGAAAGGAAGAAAUCAGGAAUGCACUAGUGGAAAGAGUAAAUGCAAUAUCUUCUGCGCAGCUGCAGGAUUUUGACUGGCAGUUAAAGCUUGCUCUCUCCAGUGAUAAGAUCUCCAUGCUGCAAAUGCCGCUUCUCAAUCUUGAUUUGGAUGUGCGAGAAAAUGGUGAAAUUAAACCAGUUUCUAUAGAGAUGAAUAAAGAAGAGUUGCAGAACCUAAUAAAUGCACUGGAAGCCGCCAAUAAGGUUGUCUUGCAACUGAAAUGAUGGAAUUCAGAUCAUCGACAGUAUCUGCUGGCAAUGUCUCCCCAAUUGACUUCAACAACAACAACAAAAUGUUCUCUGCAAAGCCAAAAGUUGUUGAUGCUAUUAAAUGCUGAAGUGAGAAGGCCGUUAUGACUUGUGACCAAAUAAACUAUUAAUCCAUUGCUGAAAAUAAUAAAAUCU